ACUCCACAAGUUGUGGUUCUCUCUCGGGCAAGAGAUAAUAUCCCCUGUCUAUUAUCUACUUUCCCUUCUCCCAAACCAUCUUCCAUUCUUGCAAAUACAUAAUUCUGCAAACCCCUCAAAUCCACACUCCACACAUUCCUCUCUCUCUCUCUUGUUCUAUCUCUCUGUGUGUGAGAGAGAGAGAAAAGAGAGAGGGGUUAAUUCAUCUUGGGCUCGGAAGAAAGAAAAAAUGGCUAGUUGGGUAUUAUCAGAAUGUGGUGUGAGGCCACUUCCAAGAAUUUACCCAAAACCAAGAACCGGUUGCGCCCCUCAAGCUUUCUUUAAUUCUAAUAAGCUCAGAAUUUCGAGAACAGAUCAAGGGUUUGGUUCUUCCUUCUGUUCAUCAGAUGGGAUUAUUAAUAUUAAUAAAGGAAGAAAGUGGGUUGUGAAAGUGAGUGCGCCGCCAUCAACUGUUAUAGAAGAAGAAGAAGAGAAUAAGGAGGCAGCAGAAACUGGGGUUACAGAAGAAUCGGAAUUCGACCCGGCGGCGCCGCCUCCAUUUAAGUUAUCUGACAUUAGGGCAGCAAUUCCAAAGCACUGUUGGGUCAAGAAUCCAUGGAAAUCUAUGAGCUUUGUGGUCAGAGAUGUAGCCGUGGUUUUCGGAUUGGCUGCUGUGGCUGCAUACUUCAACAAUUUGCUUCUUUGGCCUUUCUAUUGGUUUGCUCAGAGCACUAUGUUCUGGGCUCUCUUUGUUCUUGGCCAUGACUGUGGUCACGGGAGCUUUUCGAAUAAUCCCAAGUUGAAUAGUGUAGCUGGUCAUCUUCUUCACUCUUCGAUUCUUGUACCCUACCAUGGAUGGAGAAUUAGUCAUAGGACUCAUCAUCAGAACCAUGGACACGUUGAGAACGACGAAUCUUGGCAUCCCUUGCCUGAGAAGAUUUUCAAGAGUUUGGAUAAUGUUACGAAGAAAUUACGGUUCACAUUACCUUUCCCUAUGCUCGCAUAUCCCAUCUAUCUGUGGAGUAGAAGUCCUGGAAAAACAGGAUCACAUUACCAUCCAGACAGUGAUUUGUUUGUACCGAAUGAGAGGAAAGAUGUAAUUACCUCAACUGUGUGUUGGACGGCUAUGGUUGCUUUACUUGCUGGAUUAUCUUUCGUUUUUGGUCCUCUUCAAAUACUCAAACUAUACGGCAUACCUUACUUGGGCUUUGUAAUGUGGCUUGAUUUAGUUACCUACUUACAUCACCAUGGACACGAGGACAAGCUUCCUUGGUACCGCGGAAAGGAAUGGAGUUAUCUAAGAGGAGGGCUAACGACGCUCGAUCGUGAUUAUGGAUGGAUAAACAACAUACACCAUGACAUAGGCACACAUGUCAUACAUCACCUCUUCCCUCAAAUCCCACACUACAAUUUAAUCGAAGCUACGGAAGCAGCAAAGCCGGUACUAGGAAAAUAUUAUAAGGAGCCGAAAAAAUCGAGCCCAAUUCCUUUCUACCUAUUGGGAGUCCUCGUUAGAAGCUUGAAAAAGGAUCACUACGUGAGUGACACGGGCGACAUUGUCUAUUAUCAGACCGAUCCUCAACUCAGUGGUUCUCACAAAUCUUAAAUAUGCAACGACGACGUGUCCAAGAAUGCAUUCAUAAUAGGACAAUAUAUAUAGGAACCCGAACUUUUAUUUUUUUCCCAAUAAAAUUGAUUAUUUUUUCAUCUUGUUGUGGGGUAGUACCAUAUACAAGUAUUUAAUUCGACAAACCAUUUGAUAUGUAUUUGUGCAAGGAUGUGAUAAUAUGUGUCGAUCUCUUGUUCUUGUGCAC